AUGAGACCUAUCGAUGUUAACCCCGCGAUCGCCGAUAAACUUUUAAAUACGGUAUACAGCAACGUAAAGAUUGCGGCACCGGCAAGAUACAAAGUAGGCGAUCCGGUACGCGUUAAAGUGCAGAAAACUAAUCCCGUGACAUAUGUACUCAAAGAUUCAUGUGGAAAUUCCGUCGCCGGCGGAUUUUACGAAUACGAGUUACAAUGCGUUGCUAAUCCCGACGUACAUCUCGUGGAAAAGGUGAUACGCAAGAAGGGCGACGAGGUUUAUAUUCUUGGUGACACUGUUGUUACGUCCUGGUGA